AUGACCAUCAACCAGCAUGUCCAAGUUAUUUCUCCCACCGCACUGUACGAAAAUGACGGGAAGACUUCGGGAUCGUGGAAGUUCAUACCCCAUUCAUCCGUACUCGCACUCGCAGUUGCGUUUGGGUCGCCAACCAACAUCUACAUUCCAUCCUCUCCACGUCCUCCUCUCCUCGCUUCCCACCACUCACCCUCUCCUCUCCACAAUCCCUCUCAAGACACCUCUAGACCGAGUGACCGCGCAAGCCCAAAGACUCCUCUCCCCCAUGAUUCCUCAGGCGCUACCGGUAUAGCUUCGGCUAUUCAAUGGCAUAACCUAAAUCCCCAUCCACCCAUAUGUAGAUACCCAGGUUUCGCGGCUCGUUCCAACAGCCGACCAAAUAUCGAACAGGAACAUCCGACCACCCAAAUCACUGCCACUCUCAGUAUAAUUCCAAGCAUUUCAAGCAUAAAUCAAGUGCCGGUAAUACGGAUUGGAUCUUCGAAAAGAUGGAAAGAAAAGGUCAUUUCGAAGGCUGGGCGACUAAGACGGAUGAGCGGUUACGGUGUAAUGUUUUACGGGAUGGAAAUGGAUAUAGUAUGUCCGGGUGAGAGAGUGGGAAAUGCGUGA